GACACCACAUAUAAUAUCGGCCCAGCGCACGAGCGUGAGUCUGCACGCGGGGACGGGGAUUUCACAGCCUCCGCGCGGGAUGACAGUUUAGACUAAAACCGCUGGUGUGACGUGUAAACAGACGCCAUGGCCACACAGGAACCGUCCCCUCCGUCGUCCAUGGAGAGCAAUAAACCUGGCUUCCCCAAGAAGAUCCUGGGCAACAAGCUGGAGGACAAGCACCUGUGCAACUGCUGCCACAAUAUCCUCAGACGGCCCUUUCAAGCCCAGUGUGGACAUCGCUUCUGCUCCUACUGCUUCAACAGGACUGUGAGCAAUGGACCCCAGAAAUGCAACGCUUGUAUUAAAGAAGAUAUUUUUGAGGAGCCUACAUCAGUUUUGAAACAAGGAUGUGCGUUUCCUGACAAUGCCGUUCGAAGAGAGGUUGAAAGCUUAUCUGCCGUUUGUAUCAAUGAAGACUGUACUUGGAAAGGCACCAUUAAAGAGUAUGAGCUGAAUCACGAGGGGAAGUGCGAGUUCAUGAUCAUCCCCUGCCCCUCCUGCAAAGAACGAAUCCGCUUCAACGAACAGGAGCGCCACAAUGAGCGCGAGUGCCCGGAGAGGACGCUCAACUGCAAGUACUGCAAGGAGCCGUUUCACUUCAAAAACAUUAAGGCACACGAUGAGAUCUGCCCCAAGUAUCCAAUGAUCUGUGAAGGCUGCGCCAAGAAGAAAAUACCCAGAGAGAAGUAUGUGGACCAUAUUAAACUCUGCAGCAAAUUCCGAACGCCCUGUCGGUUUCAUGUCGUUGGAUGUGACAUGUCUGUGGAGAAAGAGAAGAUUCAUGAUCACGAACGCGCUUACGCCUACGAGCACCUUAACCUGCUCCUGCACUACAUUAUGGGUAUGAAAGUAAGCAUGGAGGGCCUGCAGCCCCAGGGACUGGAAAUAGCCGGACACAAACUAUUAGAACUCCAACAAUCCCUCAGGGAACUCGAGGCCAGAGUCUCCCAGCUCAGCACCACCUCCUCUGGGCCUCCCGUGCAGGGAGCUGCCGCCUCCUCCUCCUCCUCCUCCUCCAGCGCUGGCCCUCCUGGCCCACCCGCAUCAGCUCCGCUCCCUCCACCUCCCACGCUCCCUCCAACUCUCUCUGUGUCUACCUCAUUCACACCGCUGCCCAGCUCAGUGGGCGCAGCGCUGGAGCUGCAGCUCCACAGCGAGAAGACCAAGGUGGCCGAGCUUGGCCGCAGAUGCACAGAACUCGAGGUCAAAUCGGGGACGUUUGAAAAUGUGGUGUGCGUUCUUAACAGGGAGGUGGAGCGGUUCGCCACAACCAUGGAGGCCAGCAACCGGCAGCACAAACUGGACCAAGACAAGAUUGAGGCUCUUAGUAAUAAGGUACGACAGCUGGAGAGGACCGUGGGGCUGAAGGACCUCACGGUGGUUGAGAUGGAGGGCCGACUGAGGGAAAUGUCUGCCACCACCUUUGACGGCAUCUUCAUUUGGAGGAUCUCCGACUUUGCCAAAAAACGACAAGAUGCCAUUGCAGGCCGGGCUCCGGCCAUGUUCUCACCAGCUUUCUAUACUAGCAAGUACGGCUAUAAGAUGUGCCUGCGGAUCUAUCUGAAUGGAGAUGGGACGGGGCGUGGCAGCCACCUGUCCCUGUUCUUUGUGGUGAUGAGAGGACUGAGUGACGCGCUGCUCAAAUGGCCAUUCAACCAGAAGGUAACGCUGAUGCUACUGGACCAGAGCAACAGGGAGCACAUCAUCGACGCAUUUCGACCUGAUGUCACGUCCUCGUCCUUUCAAAGACCUGUGAGCGAGAUGAACAUUGCCAGCGGCUGUCCGCUCUUCUGCCCACUCUCCAAGCUAGAUGGCAAGAACUCAUACAUCCGCGACGACACCAUCUUCAUCAAAGCCAUUGUGGACCUCACUGGCCUCUAGGCAUGUCCAUGUUACAGUUUGGCAACCAGGCAGCUCCCUGACCAUUCAAGGCUUCGUUUUUUGGUCAGUCGUGGUCCUGUUAGGGCUCUGUUCGGAGCAUCGUACGGUCCCCUGCCACUCGCAGGAGAAGGACGUGCUUGAGGCUGUAUGCUGCACGUGGCUGUUCAGUCCAGAUGGUGCUGGCUUUGUCAUAACUGGUGGUAUCUGUGUGAGAGCCACCAUCAUCGAUGUACAUUUCGAGGGUGCAAUUUGUUUUUCUUUUAACAUCUUCCCCAGUGGGGUAAACAUCCUUUUUUUAGGAUACCUAGUUGAGCAGCAGUGUGGCGUUGUUAUCAUGCUGUUAGCAAUGAGAGGUUUGUUGCAACGGGGCCAGGAGAAGGAAUAACUUUUAAACUUCUGAACUUGUGGGCUUUCAGCUUGUGCAGAUUGUCUUAGAACAGGAUUGUAGAUUCGUAAUAGUUUGUGUGGUUAUUCCGAGAAAGCUGGCUUGCUAUAGAGGUUAGAGCUCGAUGCGGUUUUUCCUUCCUCUUGGAGGUCAUCAUGGAUAUUGUGAGCUUCUUUGUGUUGAGUGAAUUUGCAUAGACAAACGUGGAGUUACGUUACGAAUAAGAUAACCGGCUUCUUUGCCUUUUGGUUUUCUUAGCAAAGUGCAUGCUGCUGGAGAUUUUUUUUUUUAACUAACAACUCUUUUUCUCAACCCAGCUUCACGAACGUUAGUUAUCAAACCUGUCGGUGAUUUAGCUAUCCGUGAUGGUGGACAUUGCCUGCAUGUCUUUGGAGCCAGGCUGUUUAAUGUAGAGUUGCGUGUUUGUUGCUGUUUAGGGUUCGGUGGUUCUGAUCGGUGGUUUGGUACAUCUGUGGAAGAUACAGCGGAGUUACCAAGGAGUCAGGGCAGCUUGCCAGUCAAGCCUGAGGCAUAACACUUGCAUGGAGUUCUCCUGCAGGAUUUGCUCACUCGCUCACAACUCAACACAUAGUACUGUGCCCCACCACAGACUGAGGUGAACACAGAUUCACAGAAGUUAAGGAAAUGUUUGUCCGUACUCAUAGUUUUCAGUGCAUACUGUACGUGUUUCUGCUGCUCUGAGACAGAAUACUGAUGUGAAACUUAUAUGUGUCAGUGCAAAUAAGCUGCAAGAAGUUGUAAAGCAUUGUUGUAGGUCUCAGACCUUUUCUGACAAUAUUUAUUACUGAUUGAUCUUUAAUGCUGAUAAAUCUUAACAGGGCUUUCCCCCUUUUUGCAGUAACACACAUUCAACAUUAUACCUGCUUUGCCAUCCUUUUUUCAAUUCGCCUCCAAUAGAGGUCGCUGUUGUUGUGUGUCUCACAUGCUGAGGUGGUAAGGUUCAUGUCGGCCUGUUUGGAAACCAGUUUUGACCUGUAUUGAAACCUCUCUGUGCAUGGGAGGCUUCAAUUCAUUUUUGCUAUGGAAUUUCGAGCUGGUUUACUCCGUGAGCCGAGCGCGGAAGCCUUUAUUUGUAUUUGUUUGGAUGACAAUAUGUAAACAUAGAAUAGUUAUUAUGUUAUAUCCGGCACUGCUCAGCACCGACAGAGGCCUAUAUUCAUAGCAAUGUAUAAAUAUGUAUCUUUUUUAUAUCAUAAUGUUGAAAUAAUCUAUAUAUUGAUGGUAAUAUACGCGAGAUGUUAUAAUAAACAUAAUAUUACUGAA